GCGGCCGGUUGGCUGCGUGUGUUUGGGAAAGUGUGGAUCAGGCUGAAGUUAUUUCUCUCUGAUGAAAUAGUCACACAGCAUUACGCUCCCAUUGGACUUCCUGUGUGCCACGAUGUCUCUGAGCCUGUUUUCUGCAAAGAGCUCCAGGUGUCUGAAGUCUUUGCACGCCUGUUCGACACGAGCGUUUGGCGCAGGAGCCGCCUGCCGUGGCUCGGUGGAUCUAAAAGGUCGCAGCUGUCUCACACUUAAAGAUUUCAGCUCAGAUGAAAUCAAGAAUCUGCUGUGGGUCUCAGGGGACCUCAAGCAUCGGAUCAAGCAUGAAAAACAGUAUCUGCCUCUUCUUCAAGGAAAGUCGAUUGCCAUGAUAUUUGAGAAGAGGAGCACCAGAACAAGAAUGUCCACAGAAACAGGUUUUGCUUUGCUGGGCGGACACCCCUGUUUCCUUACCUCGCAGGACAUCCACCUGGGAGUGAGUGAGAGUUGCACAGACACAGCCAGGGUUCUCUCAGGACUCUGUGAUGUCAUCUUGGCUCGUGUGAACAACCACUCGACACUGGAGGAGCUGGAUACGGAGGCUUCAAUCCCCAUCAUUAAUGGACUGUCUGAUCUGUAUCACCCAAUCCAGAUUCUGGCUGACUUCCUCACCUUACAGGAGCAUUAUGGAUCCCUUAGUGGCCUAACAGUGAGCUGGAUUGGAGAUGGCAACAAUGUCCUGCACUCCUUCAUGAUGACCGCAGCCAAACUCGGAGUUCAUCUUAAGAUUGCUACACCAAAAGGCUAUGAGCCAGAAAAGAGCAUUACUGAAGAGGCAAAGAGGCUCUCCAAACAGCAUGGUACCCAGCUUGUGUUGACCUCUGACCCCAUGGAGGCUGCCCAUGACAGCAAUGUUUUGGUCACUGACACCUGGGUAAGCAUGGGACAGGAAGAGGAGAAGAAAAAGAGGCUCAAGGACUUCCAUGGUUACCAGAUUUCUAUGCAGACAGGAAGUGUGGCCAAGCCAGACUGGACCUUCCUGCAUUGUCUCCCUCGGAAAAUGGAGGAGGUGGAUGACCAGGUGUUCUACUCAUCCCGCUCGCUCGUCUUUCAGGAGGCAGAGAAUAGAAAAUGGACAAUCAUGGGCCUCGUGGUUUCUCUUCUGACUGACUACGCUCCACAGAUCCCCAUGCUGAAGUUUUAACAUGAGUUAUUAAGAGGGAUUAAGCUUGUCUGUUACAUUGUAUGACAGUCCCACUGCAGGUGUUUUUGCAGCAGGAAUUUUUUUCUUUUCUUUUCAGUUCACUGUCACAUUUCACUCUUUGAUAAAGUAACUAAGUGCUUAACUCACUUCCUGAAUAAUCAAUGGCAUGGGACGACUUCAAAGGAAACUGUUGCUAUUCUUUUUUUUUUUUUUUUUUUUUUUUUGCAUUUUUGGCCACAGCGGCUUUUAUGGACAGUGGAGAGAGACAGGAAAUGGGGAAAGAUACAGGGGAAGACACGUGGGCAAAUUGGCGACGGGCCGGGACGCGAGCCUGCACCGCAACGCGGCAUGUGUAUGUGGUCGCUGGCUUCACCACUAAGCCACCCAGGCGCCCCGACUGUUGCCAUUCUGUCAUGUUUGAAAUGGAGGAUGGAGCUUGUGGGAGCGUGGGGCAUGCUUGGUCUUUUCAGGUGUGGUCGGUCUGUGUGCUAAAGUGAAUGGCAAAUUUAGAGAACCCGGGGAUUCCCAGCAGUCCAGCAUUUUAUUAUGAGUUAUUCACUUAAAUUGUUUGGCUGACUGGUGUAUGUUGUGUCUUAACCUGUGAUGCAGAGACCUGCAAAACUGGGAAAGUAAAAAUAAAGCUACUUUCAGAUGCUCUCAUAUUCACAAGGAGUCACCGCAGCAGGCAACUCCACAUGUUUGAUUUGGCAGAUCUUUUUUUUUUUUAAACAUUAGAUGUUCUUACUCAUUUCACUGUGGUGUGAUGUGUCUGCACAGCUGCCAUGAAGCUUUGGUGAUGUGGACAAGUGUCCACUGAUUUUUUUUUUUUUUUGGUAAAUGUUUGUUACAUAUCUAGAAUUUGUAAUAAACCAGUUAUAUAGAUGUGUUGUUUAAUAAAAAAAAUAAAAAACUACAUAAUA